CAUGUCACGUGACCUGUGUUUAGGGGAAAAUGACAGCGGGGGUCAGCGUUUCUACCGGUUCUAUUGUUUAUUUAUUGAGCAUUUUAUUGAUUUUCUCCCCUGUCUGUAUCGACUGUGAGCUCAGGGAUGUUCAGUUAUGCCACAUGUGUGAAGGAAGUGUAGAGAGAAACAGCUCUGUGUGGAGGUUUUGCCUGCCAGUAGGCAGGAUUGAGGGUCGGUGCUGUUUGCAGGAUGAUGAAGAGGAGAGCAUUCUGGGGCUGGAUUUAUCUAAUUGUUCUCUGAGUCAAGUGGAGGACCUGCAUGGAGCUUCUGCAGCAGUUAUCAUAGACCUCUCCAGCAACCCUAUUUCCAAUAUGAGUGAUUUUAUAUUCCAAGGUUUUAAUCAUCUCAGCCAACUUAUACUGCCUGUAAAACUGGACUGUCCUGGUGGCAACACGUCCUGGGACAGAGUGGACGUUAAACAGGAUACUCGGCUCUGUGAAGGACAGAGGAAUACCUGUAAUCAAACUGGGCAGAUGUCCUUGGAUUGCCCUGAGAACUCUGUCUGCAUGCCUUAUGGGCCAGGAUUCUUUCAGUGCAGCUGUGCCCACAAUUUCCUUGGAUACAAGUGCCUAAGACAGGGCUAUUUUCCAAUGGUGGAAGUCAUGGCAAUAUUAGGUGGGUCCACAGUUGUCGUUUCGAUGUUACUAUGGAUCACUCAAAGGCGAAAAGUAAAAAGCACCCAAGUUCAUGAGACACCUAGCAGCUGGUAGAAAGCACUGAACAAAAGACGUGUCAAAGUGAUAGUGUCUGAAUAGAGAAAUGUGGUGGGUUUUUUUUUUUUUUGGAUUUUUACAUAUUUAAGAUGGAUCUGUUUUCAACAAAACAGAUUUUGCUCUAAGGACAUGAUCAGGCUCAGGCUACAUCCACACGACAACGGCAACGAGAUUUUUUUUUUUUUUAAAUAUCGCGUCCACAUGGGCAACGGAUCAGUAAAAUAUCAGGUUCAUAUGGCAACGCAACGCUUGCUGAAAACGAUGCAAUACACAUGCCACACCUCUACGUGCGCUGUAAGACGGUCCCAUCGGAGACACCAGAACAAUAGAAGUAGACGCAUGCGCAUAACUGCGCAUGCGCACAGUGACUGUCACUGUCACACGCACACACUUUCUCACUCCAUAUCCUAUAGUCCCUUUAAAUCACGUGCUCGUUUUUUGAAUGGAGACGCGGAAAGAGGAAUGAACGGGGGUAGAUGGAAGGACAUCGCCAACUUUCUGAUAUCCUCCAGAAUUCUUUAAUGGUCCGGAAUAAAUUGAAUGCUACACGUUGAUGGAUUACUUUGUUCUUCUACGCCCUUUUUGAGGAAUGUAUUGUCGGACUUAAACCAACAUCUGAAGAGGUCAGAUCGCUCCUUUUUUUUCCCUAUUUUUGCUGGCGGGAUUGACUCUGCCCUAAGGGCUAUUCUCUCUCUCUCUCUCUCUCUCUCUCUUUGCACCAUUACACAAUAAAUAUUCACAGUGAAAAUAUUUUGUAAGCGCGUUUCAUGAACCAAGUUACAGGAUUUGUUGACAACUCGCAUCGAGUUCGUUACACUUCUACCCGGCGUGAAGCACAUGUGGUUGUGACGUCAUCGUAAACAAAUCCGUUCUACUCAUCCAGACGACUUCGCAACGGCGCCGUUGCCAGAUUUUUUCACUCUGGAACCUGUUCUCAAAAGAUUUCGUUUUGGGGCACCCAAAAUGCCGGUGCUGUGUGGACGCCAGGCCGAAACGCUAAACAAUUUUAUCAGAUUCACCUGAAUCCGUUGCCGUGUGGACAGGGCCUCAGUUAUGCAUCUUUUAGAUGCUGCUUCUUGCCUCAGAGUUGCCAGUCUUCACUGAAUAACAGACACUUUUUUUAAUAAACUGCAUGAUGAUACAGGUAUGCCGAACACUGGAAGGCAGCGCCCUUUGGAUUGCAGGUGUAAACUGUGGCAUGUAGUAAAUAGUAGCCGAGGGUUUUAAGUCAAACUGACUACGCUUCAUGUGAGGCUCUUCAUCAGUUCUACUGAAUAAUGCAAAUUAAGUUAUUGGCCAGAGCUGCAAAUCAGUGUUGCGGAUUACUAGAAUGGUGUAAUAUAUACGUGGCAUGUGGUGUGUGAAGCUCAGUGUGUCUCCUUCAUGUGAUUUUUCAAGCAAUUGUCUAAUCUGUCCAAUAUAUAAUAUAUAAAAUGUGUCAGUCCACCAGAUUUUCAUACCAGAUGCUCAGAUUAUGGAUUUUGAGUUAUACCUGCUGCAUUAAACUACCAAGCCUCCGUAUGCAGGAAAUACAAACCAAAAUGAAAUGACACUGCGUGCACAAUUAUUAGGCGAAUGAGUACUCUGACCCUACCAUUAUUUCUAUGCAUAUUUUCCAACCCCAAGCUAUAUACACUUGAAUGCUAAUUGGAUUUAAGCAUUCUCAACUGGUAUUUAUUUGUGUACUGAGGGAGGGUGUGGCCUAAAGUCAUUAACCCCCGAUAUUAAGGUGUGCAUAAUUAUUAGGCAGCAUCUUUAUCUCAAGCAAAAUGGGCCAAAAAAGAGAUUUAACAGACACUGGAAAGACAAAAAUUUUAAAAUGCCUAUCAGAGGGAUGCAGCAGUCUUGAAAUAGCCAAGCUAUUGUAACGUGACCACAGAACAAUCAAACAUUUUGUUGCAAAUAGUCAACAGGGUUGCGAAAAAUGUGUGGAGAAGAAAAGACGCAAAUUAACCACAAAAGACUUGAGAAGGAUUAAACAUGAAGCUACCAGGAACCCAUCAUCCUCCAGUGCCACCAUAUUCCAGAACUGCAACCUACCUGGAGUGUCCAGAAGUACAAGGUGCUCAGAGACAUGGCCAAGGUAAGGAAGGCUGAAACACGGCCACCACUAAACAAGACUCGCAAGUUGAAACGUCAAGAUUGGGCCAAGAAAUAUCCGAAGACAGAUUUUUCAAAGGUUUUAUGGAUGAGGGUGACUCUUGAUGGACCAGAUGGAUGGAUCCGUGGCUGGAUAACUAAUGGACACAGCACCACUUUGACUCCGACGCCAGCAAGGUGGAGGAGGGGUACUGGUAUGAGCUGCUAUUAUUAAGGAUGAGCUAGUUGGACCAUUUCAGGUUGAAGAUGGACUUAAAAAUCAACUCCCAAACCUACUGCCAGUUUCUAGAAGAUACAUUCUUCAAGCAGUUGUACAGGAAGAUGUCUGCAUCAUUCAAGAAGGCCAUGAUUUUUAUGCAGGACAACGCACCAUCACAUGCAUCCAACUAUCACUGCUUGGCGAGCCAGCAAAGGCCUUAAAGAUGACGGAGUAAUGACACGGCCCCCUUUCUCACCUGACUUAAACCCUAUUGAAAACUUGUGGGCCCUUCUUAAACGUGAGAUUUACAGUGAGGGACGACAAUACACCACUCUGAACAGCAUUUGGGAGGCUGCGGUUGCUGCUGCACAAAACGUUAAUCGUCACUAAAUCAAAAAACUAACAGACUCCAUGGAUGGAAGGCUCAUGGAAGUUAUUGAAAAGAAGGGUGGCUAUAUUGGUCACUGAAUAUUUUUGAAAUGCCAAAAGUGUUUGUUACACUUACUCAAAAAAUUUAAAAUAAACAAGUGAGAUGGGAAAA